CAGCUGGCACAGACAGGAGAAUGUGACCCAGAGGAAAUCUACAAGGCCGCCCGACACCUGGAGGUGCGGAUCCAGGACUUUGUUCGGCGAGUGGAGCACAGGAAGCUGCUGCUCGACAUGUCUGUCUCCUUCCACACACACACCAAGGAGCUGUGGUCGUGGAUGGAAGAGCUGCAGAAGCAGCUGCUGGAAGACGUGAGCUGUGACUCGGUGGACUCGGUUCAGACUCUGAUUCAACAGUUUCAGCAGCAGCAGACGGCCACACUGGAGGCCACACUCAACGUGAUCAAAGAGGGAGAAGAACUGAUGCAGCAGCUCAGAGAUGCAGCCAUGUCAACCAGCAAGACGCCACACUGCAGUUCCAUCGCGCACAUUCAGGGGGUGCUGCAACAGCUGGAUGAAGCCCAGGGCCAGAUGGAGGAGCUGUUCCACGAGCGCAAAAUCAAGCUGGACAUUUUUCUGCAGCUGCGCAUCUUUGAGCAGUACACACUAGAGGUGACAGCAGAGUUGGACGCCUGGAACGAGGAUCUGUCCCGUCAGAUGAGCGACACCAACCGUUCAGGUGGCAGCAGCAGCAGCAGCGGCAGCAGCUCCUCCUCAGGCGGUGCAGAGGACAUAAGCCUGGCAGAGCAGCGGCUGAAACGGCAUGCAGAGAGGAAGACUGCUAUGAACAACAUGGCCUACGAAGUGAUGCAGCAGGGUCAGGACCUCCACCAGUAUAUCAUGGAGGUCCAAGCGUCAGGGAUUGAGUUGACAGGAGAGAAGGACAUGGACCUGGCCUCUCAGGUCCAGGAGCUGCUGGAGUUCCUCCACGAGAAGCAGCAGGAAGUCGACAUCAGCACGCAGCAUACACACACACGGCUGGAGCAGACCCUGCAGCUACGCCACCUACAGGCUGAGGUUAAACAGGUACUGGGUUGGAUCCGUAACGGUGAGUCCAUGUUGAAUGCCAGCAUGGUGAACGCCAGCUCUCUGUCUGAAGCCGAACAGCUGCAAAGGGAGCAUGAACAGUUCCAGAUGGCUAUAGAGUCUCUCUUUCAUGCCACCUCCCUCCAAAAGACUCAUCAGAGUGCGCUGCAGGUGCAGCAGAAAGCUGAGAUGAUGCUGCAGGCAGGUCACUAUGAUCCUGAGGCGAUCCGAAGCUGUGCCGAGAAGGUGGCUGUCCACUGGCAGCAGCUGAUGCUGAAGAUGGAGGACCGCCUGAAGCUGGUCAAUGCCUCCGUGGCCUUCUACAAAACAUCAGAACAGGUGUGCAGUGUGCUGGAGAGCCUUGAGCAGGAGUACCGGCGGGACGAAGACUGGUGUGGCAGCCAUGAAAAACUUGGGAGUUCAGUAGAGAGUGAGCAUCUGCUGCCCCUGAUCAGCAAACACCUGGAGCAGAAGGAAGCCUUCCUGAAGGCGUGCACACUGGCUCGGAGGAAUGCUGAGGUCUUCCUCAAAUACAUCCACAGAAACAAUGUGAGCACACCGGGAGCUGCAGGCCAUGCUAGAGGACCUGAACAGCAGGUCAAAGCCAUUCUCAAUGAGCUGCUGCAGAGGGAAAACCGGGUUCUGCACUUCUGGACGUUGAAGAAACGAAGGCUGGACCAGUGUCAGCAAUACCUGGUGUUUGAACGGAGCGCUAAACAGGCUCUGGACUGGAUCCAGGAGACAGGAGAUGUUUACCUCGCUACACACACAUCACCUGGGGACAGCAGUGAGGAAACCCAGCAGCUGCUCAACAACUACCAUCACUUCAAACUUUCUGCUAAGCAAACCAAGGAAAAGGUGAAGCUUCUGAUCCAGCUGGCAGACAACCUGGUGGAGAAAGGCCACGCCCACGUGUCGGAGCUGAAGCGCUGGGUCAGCACAGUGGACCGCAGGUACCGAGACUUCUCCCUUCGCAUGGCGAAAUACCAGGAGAGCCUGGAGAGGAGCCUGGGCAUCAGCUCUGAGGACAACAAGGACCUGGAGCUGGACAUCAUGCCUGCGAGUUUGACCAACGACCCUGAGGUCAAACUCCGCGAUCCAAACCACGAGGUCGAUGAGGAGAAGAGAAAGUCUGCCAGGAAGAAAGAGUUCAUCAUGGCGGAGCUGCUGCAGACGGAGAAGGCCUACGUCAGGGAUCUCCAGGAGUGUCUAGAAACCUACCUGAGGGAAAUGACCAGCAGUGAAGAGGAGAUUCCUCCAGGCAUCGCCAACAAGGAGCAGAUUAUUUUUGGCAACAUGCAGGAGAUCUACGACUUCCACAACAAUAUUUUCCUGAAGGAGCUGGUGAACUAUGAGCAGCUGCCGGAGGAUGUGGGCCACUGCUUCGUCACCUGGGCUGAUAAGUUCCACAUCUAUGUGGACUACUGCAAGAACAAACCCGACUCCAGUCAGCUUAUCCUGGAGCAUGCUGGCAGCUUCUUUGAUGACAUUCAGCAGAGACGUGCCCUGGCAAACACACUCAACUCCUACCUCAUCAAACCAGUCCAGAGGAUCACAAAGUACCAACUUCUGUUAAAGGAGCUGCUGUCUUGCUGUGAAGAGGGUAAAGGAGAGAUCAAAGACGGCUUGGAGGUGAUGCUCAGUGUUCCUAAGAGAGCCAAUGACGCCAUGCACUUAGCCAUGCUGGAGGGCUUUGAGGAGAACCUGGAGGUUCAGGGUGAGCUGAUCCUGCAGGACAGCUUCCAGGUUUGGGACCCGCGCGCACUGAUCCGGAAGGGCCGGGACCGACACCUCUUCCUGUUCGAGUUCUCAUUGGUCUUCAGCAAAGAGAUCAAAGACUCAGCAGGAAGAACCAAGUACCAAUACAAGAACAGACUACUGACAGCAGAGCUCGGGGUAACCGAGCACAUAGAGGGCGACCCGUGUAAAUUUGCCCUGUGGGCAGGAAGAACCCCGUCUUCUGAUAAUAAAACUGUGCUAAAAGCAUCCAGCAUGGAAGCCAAACAGGAAUGGAUAAAAAACAUCCGUGAGGUGAUCCAAGAGAGAAUGACUCACCUGAAGGGGGCGCUGAAGGAGCCUCUUCAUCUGCCUAAAGCACCUGCACUUACUAAGCCCAGGAACUUCACUAAAAGGGAAGGAGGGGAAGAUGGAGACAGUCAGGGAGACGGCAGCAGCCAACCAGAUACCAUCUCCAUCGCCUCCAGGACAUCCCAGAACACCAUAGACAGUGACAAGCUCUCUGGUGGGUGUGAGCUGACCGUGGUCCUCCAGGACUUCACAGCAGGAUGCAGCACAGAGCUGUCCAUCAGCACAGGCCAGACUGUAGAGUUGUUGGAGCGGCCCACAGAGCGGCCCGGCUGGUGUCUUGUCCGGACCACCGAGCGCAGCCCGCCUCAGGAGGGACUGGUCCCCAGCUCGGCUCUCUGUGUCUCUCACUCUCGGUCCAGUGUUGAGAUGGACUGCUUCUUCAGCUCAGGGAAAGAGAACUACCAUGUGAGCAGCUCUGACAGGAAGACCGAGUCUGUAGCGAACCUGCAGCCGCAGCCGUCCCUCAACUCCCUUCAGUCCAGUUCUCCAAAUGUUUCCAAACGUUCUGGAAACCAGAAGUGGAAGUGGCUGCCCAGUUCAGGCCGCAGGAUCAGCUCCGGCAAGAAACCAUCCAGCACUAAGCAGAAGAAGCCAGAACUUGGUUCUGGAAGAGAUGGUGGUGGAAAGGCUAAUGAGCGCAGUCAGCCAGGAAAGGACAAUGAAGAGAGAGUAAGCAUCAAGGAUGGGAACCCUCCAUCGAAGCAGUCUCCUGGGAUACAGAGUGGUGGAGAGGAGGAGCCAGAGCCAGACGAUGAGCCCCACCUUCCUCUUCCUCCACCCAUGGAGAUCAUGAAGGACCCCUCAGCUUCAGAAGAAAAGACGGUGGAACCGUAUCCAGGCUUCACCCCUCCAUCUCCACCGGAACAACACACACCGGUUCAGGCACGGAACUCCGAACAGGACCAGAAAGCCAAAGCUAUGAGACACCGGACGUUUGUCCUGAACGAGCUCAUUCAGACAGAGAAGGACUACGUCAAAGACCUGGGAAUCGUGGUGGAGGGAUUCAUGAAGAGGAUAGAAGAGAAGGGCGUUCCAGAGGACAUGAAGGGAAAAGAGAAAAUAGUAUUUGGGAACAUUCACCGCAUCUAUGACUGGCACAGAGAGUUCUUCGUAGGAGAGCUUGAGAAGUGUGUUGACGACAACGGGCUCCUCCCAGAACUUUUCAUCAAGCAUGAGAGAAGACUGCACAUGUAUGUGGUUUACUGUCAGAAUAAACCCAAAUCAGAGUACAUCGUUGCAGAAUAUGACAAAUUCUUUGACGGGAUUCAGCAGGACAUUCAAUCUAAAUUGAGCAUCAGUGAUUUCCUCAUUAAACCCAUCCAGAGAAUUACCAAAUACCAGCUGCUGCUAAAGGACUACCUGAAGUACAGCUCUAAGGCUGGCAUUGACUGUAAGCAAAUUGAGAAAGCUGUGGCGUUGAUGUCUGAGGUUCCUAAGCUCUGCAACGACAUGAUGAAUCUGGGCCGGCUUCAGGGAUAUGAGGGAAAUCUGGCCAAUCAGGGCAAACUACUGCAGCAGGAAACCUUCUUUGUGACGGAACAAGAUGCUGGAGUCUUGUCGCGAUCCAAAGAACGCAGAGUCUUCCUCUUUGAGCAAAUCGUCAUCUUCAGUGAACUGCUCAGGAAAGGCUCAUCCACACCUGGCUACCAGUUCAAAAAAGCUAUUAAGGUGACCAACCUGGGAUUAGAGGAAACUGUUGAAAACGAUGCCUGCAAAUUCGUCAUGUUCUCUCGCGGCUCAUCGGAGCGCUUCACUCUGCAGGCCGCCAACGUCGACACCAAGCAGGUCUGGGUCCAACACAUCCAGAACAUCCUGGAUGCUCAGAAUGACUUCCUGUCAGCUCUGCAGUCUCCCAUUGUGUACCAGCAGUGUCAAAGCAAAGACAGCGGCUCCUCUCUGAUCAGACGGUCCUCAUCGUCAGGAAACCGGCCAUCUUCAUCCUCCCACAGCCGGCCGUCCUCAGCUCUGGGCUUCAGUGAGAAGAGCCCUUUAAAAGUGUCUACCUCCAAUGGCAGCUCCUCUUGCUUUGAAUCCAGUCAUGAUGACUGUAACGGCCUCUUCUCCACCAUGCGGGUCACUCAGGACUACUCUGCACUCAAAGAGAACGAGAUAUGUGUCAGCAGAGGAGACGUGGUCCAAGUCCUGACCAUCAAUCAGCAGAACAUGUACCUUGUUUUUCGGCCAGCCGACAGCCAGUCACCCGAGGCCGAGGGCUGGUUGCCGGGACACGUCCUGGGCCCGCCCACAAAGUCCAUAAAAGACUCUUUCUCCACUUCCUCCUUCCCAGCCGCUGUGGCAGAUGCCAACAACAUCAAGAAGUCUUUGUCAUGGAACACGCUGCGCGCUAGGAAACGUGCUGAAUCCAGGGACAGCUCCUUUCUGGGGUUCAGGAGUCAGGACAACAGCCUCCUCCGUAAACCCAAAGAUGGCGUAGUCUCCCCCCUCCCGCUAGCCCUGCCAAGCCCCAGCCACAAGGCUAAAGACCUGCACACCUCUGAUGAGUCAGAAAGUGAGGAAGACCUUGACCCAAAGACGGGCAUGGAGCUUCUUAACCCAAACUUCAUCCAAGAAGUGGCCCCGGAAUUCCUGGUACCGCUGUCAGAUGUGGUGUGUGCAUUUGGGGAGACAGUCGUCCUCUGCUGUAAAGUCUGUGGACGACCCAAACCCACGGUAACCGUGAAGGGCCCUGACCAGAACCCCGUCACCAGUAACAACCGCUUCACCAUUGAUAUCAGGGACACUGGUGACAUCCUGAUGAAGAUCUGCAACUUAAUGCCUCAGGAUACAGGGAUCUACACCUGUGUUGCUGUUAAUGAUCAUGGCUCUGCUUCUUCCUCUGCAUCUAUUAAAGUUCAAGGUAUCCCAGCAGCCCCGGGGAGGCCUCUGGCUCAGGAGUCGAGCAGCACCACGGUGCUGGUCCACUGGCCACCUCCAGCUUCAUCUGCUCACUGUGCCAUCACCAGUUAUGCUGUAGAGUACAGACAGGAAGACUCAUUCCUGUGGCAGCAGGCGGCCAGCUGCAGGGAGGAGUGUGUCCAGAUCGAUAAUCUUAUUCCUGGAGGUCACUAUCAAUUCAGAGUUCGAGCCUCCAACCGCUGGGGGGUUGGCCCUCCAUCACAACCCUCAAAUAUGGUCACACUGGGCAGCUGCACCUCUGGGUGUGAUGGAACAGGGGUUCAGUGGAAAGAAAAUUUUGAGUCAGUCUUCACUGAGAUCAGCGAGAUUGGAAGGGGGCGCUUUUCAGUCGUGAGAAAAUGUUUGAACAAAUCAACAAAGAAAGAGGUUGCUGUUAAGUUUGUGAAUAAGAAGAUGCAGAAGAAAGAGCAGGUAUCUCAUGAAGCAGACAUUCUCCGUCAUGUCCAGAAUCACCACUUGGUGGCGCUGCUGGACACUUAUGAGUCUCCUACCUCUCUGAUGUUCAUCCUGGAGCUGCUAGAAGAUGGACGUUUGCUUGAGUAUCUUGUUGCCCACGAUGAGCUGAUGGAAGAGAAAGUAGCAUUUUUUAUCAGAGAAACUUUGGAGGCUCUCCAGCACCUUCAUACCUGCAGAGUGGCACAUCUGGAUCUCAAGCCUGAGAAUAUCAUGGUGGAUCUUAAAGCUCCGGCUCCAUCUGUCAAGCUCAUUGACCUCGGUGACGCCGUCCAGCUCUCUGCUGGCCGCCGAUAUGUCCACCUCUUACUUGGAAACCCAGAGUUUGCAGCCCCUGAGCUCAUCCGAGGUACGCCAGUAUCUGUUUUGACAGACGUGUGGAGCAUGGGCGUGCUGGCCUACGUGAUGCUCAGUGGCGUAUCCCCAUUUCUGGAUGAGUCACCAGAGGAAACGUGUGUAAACAUUUGCCGCCUGGACUUCUGUUUCCCGGAUGAAUACUUCCAUCAUGUAAGUCAGGCAGCCAGGGAUUUUGUGUCUUCAGUGCUGCAGGAGGAUCCCAGGAAGAGGCCUAGUGCCACUUCAUGUUUACAACACCCGUGGGUGGGCCGGGGGGGCGCUCAAGGAGGUGAGUACUCCAAGAUGCCCCUGGACAGGUCGAGGUUGGCCACAUUCAUCGAUCGGAGAAGACAGUUACAUGAUGUCCGUCCCAUCACCAACAUCAAAGGUUUGGUGAGCAGCACUAUGGGCAACACACUGUGAUGGAGAGAACCAUGAACAGUUAGUCCUUCUGUGAACACCAACACUGAAAUGUCUUUACUAUUUUACUGUCUUAUGAGUAAAAAAACUUUCCCAUUUGGUCCAACUUAUAAUCAUCUUGAAUCUGGGUGGGUCACUGUUUGUAAAACUAUUUGUGGCUCAGAACAGUUAUUUAUUUCACAACUUGUUAAUUUAUUUUUUGUUUGUAUGCUUUAAAAUACAUCCACUAUAACCCAAAGAAAUCAUCUCAGCCAUGUAGAAAGACAUGAAAACACUAAACAGGAGCCAUCACUUCUUAGCCACAAUGUUCAUAUUUGCACCAAGAUUUACAGGCUGUAUUUAUAGAAGAGAAGCUAAAGUUAUUUUUCAUGUAAAUUGUUCACAUCUUACAGAAAACCUUGACAAGCCAACAAGCAUCGUGCACUUUCAUCCAAUUCUCUGGCAAAGACGUGAACAAAAACUAAUCAGAAAAUGUAGUGGCAUAAUCUCACAAUGAACAAUUAUUAUAUAUCAUUAUAUUAAUCCAAUUGGGUGAAAUUUAGCAAUAAUAAAUACAUGUUGUUGGUUUUUUUGCAUUAUCUUGUUGAAAGUUCCAAUGAUGAUUUCUGUAGUUUGCAGGCACUGGCAAAUGGUUAUUACAUUUCAAAGAAGUAAUGAUACCAUGCACUUGAACCAGGAUUCCAAGGCCUUUGGAGGACAACAGGCCCACAGCAUCACAGAUCCUCCACUAUGCUUGAUGGGCAUGAUGUGCUUCUAUAUAGUCAUUAUUUGCUUUAUUGCAAACCUUUUUGGAGUGGUUUUGUCAAAAAGUGCCAUCUUAGAGCUCUCUAUCUAAAAGAUAGGAUUCCAUUUAAAGCCCAUGUAGAGUUUCAACAUGAUUAUGAUGGUAGAAUGGACAAACGUCUUUCUGGCAUAACUUCCAAAUAGUUGCUGUUAAAGAAAUUUGGAGUCCACAAGAUCAAUACUAAGGAUACAUUUUAUAUCCAAAUUCAAUAUGGCAAAAGGAGAGGUCUUUUGGAGUCUGUGGUUUUCCUAAAUGUUGUAACACAGUUUAUCUAAAAGUUGAACAAUGCUGAGCCUUAGCAGCUCUGUUAUUGGUGUGUAAUACUUGUUCAUCAGAGCACACUGUUGAUCGAGAACACACAGGAGGCAGAACUCUUCAUCCACCCUGCUGGGAUGGAAAGCAGAGUUCAUUGUCAAACAUUACUUUUGGAAAUGUUUUUGAAUUUUUUAGAUGUGCUUGUGUUGAAUUUGUUAGAACUCGCUGUUUUUUUUUUAUUUGACGGAAUGGAUGUAAAUGUUAACUGAGAUCCAACCUCCAAACUUACUGAAACCCAGACUUCUUCAGGCCUUAUAAAGGCUCUAUAAUUCUUUGUGUAUGAAUGAUUAGAAGAAGACUGAAUCAGUGUUAUUUUCUUGUCGGAUGGUACAUCUUCAUCACCUGGACGCUUUGUAAAUGUCCCUUUUCUGUAUUAAAAACUUCUGAAUUGAUUUUAACAGGCUGACCAAUGUAACGCACAUGUUUAUUUUGUUAUAAUUAUUUGACUUGAAUGACAGCAGAAACUCCGGAUCUGUAUUAAUAGAACCUGCUGUGAUCCCCAAUGUGGUGAGAACUACAUGACUACUAAAGUUAGAUUCACAGUUGAUUCUUUUGUACCAGUGUAAAGCUGUACCUUCUAGUGUAGUUUUGAAUGUGAAGGUCUUGUUCUGUUUGACACUGUGCAAAGAUAACAAAGACCACUUGUUCUCCCAAACAGUCAAUGCUCAGCUGCAGAGGUUGGGCCCUGAACUGUUGGAUGAUCAACAAAACUAAUGCAGCAACAGGAAACAUGGCACUCUGUUCAUAUUACUGUUUAAGGAGAUAUUUGUGUAGAAUCAGGGCAUGUAGUUUACAGAACAGCAAAACUAUCAGGGAUCAUCUGCAUAUAAAACCACCUGGGAUGUCUUUAAAAUCAGAUUGUAAAUAUGUCUGUUUCAGGAAGUUCAUGUUUCAGUAAUACAGUAAACAUGUAAAAAAGUGAGCUCCAUUUUCACACCUACAUUAUUUAGUUGUACAUUUCCAGCCUGACCCAGCCACUGUGGCAAACAUCCUGCCUGGAUUUGUGAUGAUGUCACUGCUUGGCUGAUCUUGAAGACAGAUGUUUACUUUUCUGUUCCAAUUUAAUAAUGAAUGUAUAAAUUAGAGAAUGUGUUCUGUAAGUAUUGUGCUGUCAUAGACCAUUGUCCCUACAUCAGCAGCCUUAGUAAGCAUUCAAUGUGCUGCAGUUAAAGGCCAGGCUGGUGAAGCAGCUGUAGGAUAGUAACCAUCAGAAGGUUGUGUUGAUAACCGUCUGUGUUUAUUAGUGCAGCUGUAAUAAAACCUGCUCAGGUUUCUGAAAACACUGGCAGAUUUCAGCCAAAUCUGUUUAGCACUGUUACUCACUCAGUAGAGCAUCUACUGGCGAUAUAAUAUGAUAAUCUACAUUUUUUAGUCAUUGCCCAAAACAAUCGAAUGAUACUGAAAGCUGCAAGCUGCAACAAAGAAAGCUCUAUAGGUGAUUUUAACCAGUGGCCCCCAAACCUGGUCUUCAGGGCCCACUGUCCUGCAUGUCUAAGAUGAUUCUCCACUCCAGCACAGCUGAUAUAAAUAAUUGCAUUACCUCUUCAGCAUGCCGUCAGCUGCUGCUGAAGCCAGUUAAUCAGCCACUUCAUUUGAGCCAGGUGUGCAGCAGCAGGAAAACAGCUAAACCUGAGGACCAGGGUUGGGAUCUCUGGUUUAAAGUUUGCUGUUGUCCAGAGAUCCAGUCAAUGAGAAAAAUCGUAGUAAAAAGAAAAGACACCUUUUGCCACGGCCAGCACUUAGUUUGUGGGCUUCACCAGAGUAGUGUUGAUAUAAUACAUCCAACUAUUAAUUUCAAUAAAUAAAUAAACAUCAUAAUGUGUCAAAUAUCCAUAAGAAGGAUGAAUUCUGUUUUUCCAACUAAACAAACUCUUAACACAACAAAGCAAGGAGAUUCGAUUGUACUCAGAUUAAAACUGAUUGAAAAUAUUGAUAGUCAAGCAUGAAACAAAGAUGCAGUGUCAAUUUUACUCUAGAAAUAGCAAAUAAAGAUGAAAAAUAAAGUUUUAUAAAAUUGACCAUUGACCGGUCUGACUUUGAUAGUCAGAGGGAGAAACCAGGACAGAGGUUUUAUCUCUCUGAAGGUAAAACCUGUCUGGACACAAUCUGGCUUUUCUGCUCCAGAAGCAGCUCUACUUCGGUCUGACUGGAGCUCACUAAAAAAAAAAGGCAGGAAAUUCUGGUUUCUGGUGCAGCACUGUUGGACAUAUUUAUGGUUCCAUAUUGUGGAUUCAAAACCUAGGUGAAGUGUAAGGCAUGGAAGGAAAUUAAAAACAUUUUUUGCAGAGGUCUCAGACUAAACAUAGACAAAUUUAGAGAAGCAAGUGAUGGAAACACACAGUCUGACAAGGUGAUCCAUUUUCUUGUUGAUUUGGAAAAACAACUUUCUGCCUAUUUGGUUUCUUUUGUGUCAGACAUCAGCUGACAGUUUCUGGGGAAGGAACCAAUAUGAGGUGCAGAUCAACCAAUCAGAAGCAACAUUGGGAUACAACAAUGAGCACAUCAUAUUAGAUAGCCAAUAUAUCUUGUUUUAUUGUUUUCUAUCUUUAUAUAAAACAGAGGGACACACUGACCAAUAUUUAAAUGAACUAUUCAUAGAGUAUUUGUGAUUAGUUAUUUACGGCUAUGGUUGGUAGCGCAGAGUAAUCCAGGUUAUAGCUAUUACCUUAAUAUAGGUAUAAGGCAUCUGUGUUAUCUUAUGCCUUUGUUAAGGUAAUGAGAAUAUUCUAGGUGUAAAACUGAAUGUUUGUAAAAAAAAAGAAAGAAAGAAAGAAAAAAUGUACAGUUGAUUGACUGCCAAGCACUUUGCUGCAAUCCAUUAGUACCAGUUUUUAAUUCUGAAAUCCAAUCAUAGCUUGUUGGAUUUUUGCAGUAAAAGCAUAAAAUGUCAUAUUCAUCUUCUAAAUAGUACCAAAAAGACAUCACAAAGGAACAAAACAAACAAACAAAAAAACUAUGAUAGGAACUUCAGGCAGAGCCAAGGAGCCAAAGUAGCUGCUCUUAGCAAUGCUUUUACUCUACUUCAUCAAAGUGCAUUUACUACCCAUUAAAAUAGUAGAAUGUUCUCUUAUCAGCAUGUGUCUUUGAUCACUUGAUGGACACUAAAAUAAGACCAGAAGAAGAAAUAGGAAGAAAUAAAUGGGGUCUGUUUUUUUUUCUGAAAUGACUGAAAGUAUUGGAGCUCUGGUUCUGGUAAAGUUCUGCAACACACAACACACCCAUCUGCUCUAGAAGAACCUGGGUCAUUCCUCUGUCUUAUAUUGGCACUCAGUGACUUGAUGAGAUAAGUUAUUAGUUAUUUUCAAUAAUCAACGUUCGAUAGGUCAACUUGUUUCCAUGUUUCUUCUUUGUGUAAAGAAGAAACAAAUAUAUCACAAGACAACUGAAUCACUGCUCCCGACUUUUACUUUCAAUCAUUUCUUUAUUGGACCUGAGAAAACCUGUUGAGUAAACCUCAGCUGAACUUCUUUAGAAAACCGAACUAGAGACGACUCCACAAUCCCACAAUACAUCUUUUAUGACUUGUUACGCCAUGCAGGACUGUGCUGGCUGAGCUUUGUUAAUGCUGUGUUCAUACUGAGCUUCGUAGAGAACCAUGCAAAUGCUUUAUGCCGCAGUGUGAUGCAGCAUAUUCUGUACAGGCUUCCUGCUGCAAACCACCUGCUGGUUUGUUACUCUUUAUGAAUAAACAACCUGCCUGUUUGUAUGUAUUUA